UUUCGAAAAUAAAAUUAUGACAGAUAUCAUGAAUGAUCUUAUAAUAAGUAAUUCUUCUUUACCUAAAACUGGUAUUGCAAAUUUACCAAAUCAAAGACAUAAAAUUGUUGCUAAAAAUGGUGCUAAUUUUACAAUCAUGGUUUGUGGUGAAUCGGGUGUUGGUAAGACAACAUUUGUCAAUACAUUAUUUACCACAACCAUCAAGGAACAUAAAAAUUUAGCCAAGAGACAUAUGAAGCCUCCUUCAAAGACUGUUCAAAUUCAAAUAACAAAAGCAGAGCUGGAAGAAAAAAUGUUUAAAGUUAAAUUAACUAUUAUUGAUACACCGGGCUUUGGUGAUUAUGUUAAUAAUAAGCAUAGUUGGAUUCCUAUUGUGGAUUUCAUUGACGACCAACAUGAAAAAUAUAUGCGUCAGGAGCAACAACCUUGUAGAAAGGGUGUCGUUGAUAUGCGUGUUCAUGCUUGCUUAUAUUUUAUUAAACCAACUGGACACACUCUAACUCCUUUGGAUAUUGAAGUCAUGAAACGUUUAGGUUCUCGAGUCAAUUUGAUUCCUGUCAUUGCUAAAGCUGAUACACUUACACCUAUCAAUUUAGAAAAGUUUAAACAAAAUAUACGUGAAGUAAUUGCUGCUCAAAAUAUUCAAGUCUAUACUUGUCCUCUUGAAAGUGAUGAUGAAGAAACAACUAAAAGAAACAAGAUAAUGAUGGCAUCUUUACCUUUUGCUGUUAUCGGCUCUACUCAAGAUGUCAUUACAGAGGAUGGUAGGAAAGUAAAAGGAAGAGAAUACUCUUGGGGUAUUGCUGAAGUAGAAAAUGAUUCUCAUUGUGAUUUCAAGAAAUUAAGAAGUUUAUUGAUUAGAACUCAUAUGUUGGAUUUAAUUACAACUACUGAAGAUAAUCAUUAUGAAAAUUAUCGUCAAGCUCAAAUGGAAACUCGUAAAUUUGGUGAAGCUCGUACUCAAGUAAAUGAAAAUGCAAAAUUUAAAGAAGAAGAAGAAAUGUUACGCAUGAGAUUUACAGAACAAGUAAAGGCUGAAGAACAACGUUUUAGAUUAUGGGAAAAGCAGUUAUUAAAUGAAAGAGAUCGUCUUCAUAAAGAAUUAGAAGCUCAAGGGGAAAGAAUUAAAGAACUACAAGGUGAAAUAGAGCCUUAUUUUUAUCAUCAACGUGAUAAAUCUGUUAGGAAAUAGUUACAAAUUUUAUUCUAUAAAUAUUU